UUUCCGUAUCUGUCCCUGGACUCGGAAUAUUUCCUGGAGUCCGAGUUCACCGACUCUAGUAUAAACAGUCUUUAUCAGUCUUGGUUGGCACAUUGCCAUAGUCAGAAUUUUGGCAGGACACUCAGGGAAGUGGGCGUGUUUUUCUCUGGAGUUGAUGUAUUGUGGGGAGCUUGGGGCUUUCCUGUAUUUUGUAAAGCUUUUUGAGAAAGCUUUUUUCCCAGAUUCAGCUGCUAGAAUCAAGAGACAUGACGGAGGAACCGGGGACCGAAGCUGCACGGCUUUCAUUGUGGGUUUGAUCGGAAACGCUCUGGUCCUGUGGGUCCUGAUCAGAAACCGUCAAAGAUCCAGUCUGACAGACGUGUGUUUCCUCAACCUCGCCCUUUGUGACCUGCUCUUUGUGGUGUCGCUCCCUUUCUGGGCUCACAGUGCUGCGCAGGAGUGGGUUUUUGGCACAUUCGCGUGUCACGCCGUAAGCGGUCUCGUCAUGAUGGGUCUCUACGGCAGCGUCUUCUUCAUGGUGCUCAUGACACUGGAUCGCUACGUCAUCGUCGUCUACAAAUGCAGUAUCUGUUCCAGAAAAUGGCCUGCAAAAAUGGCUCUGGCCUUAUUUGUGUGGAUGCUCAGCCUGUUUGUGUCCCUCCCUAAUAUUGUUUUUGCCAAAGUGAAACAGGAGACGUGCAUCAAAACAUCCUGCGGACCUGAAUUUCCUAAAGGUACAGCUUGGAUGUCGGUUACGUACCUGAACGUCCUGAGCUUGAUUCUCCCUCUGAUUAUUGUGAGCUUUUGCUUUUGCCGGAUCAUCAGCAUUAAAUCAGAGGAAAAGCACGGCGUCAUCAGACUCCUCGUGGCUGUGCUGGCCGUUUAUUUCCUCUUCUGGACUCCGUACAACGUCGUCAUGUUCUUCAAGUUCCUGCAGACGAAGGGCUUCACGCUUUCCAGCGAAGCUGAUCUGGCCAUGCCGUUUGUGGAAGCGAUCGCAUUAAGCCACUGCUGCCUCAAUCCCAUCAUCUACACCUGUGUCGGACAGAAGUUCAGAAGAGCAGUCCUUACAGGCCCAAAAGAGCAGUUUCCAUCAACCUGCUCUCCACAGUCACCUGAUUAUUCUUUCACACUGAUCGCAUAGAGAGAACAUAUUCCUCCAGAAAGAGGCUUCAAUUUUUACAAUCACUAUUUUUACCGUUUGUACCUUUAUUAUGAGAGUGUGUUCAGAUUAAUAUACAGGAAAAAUCACUGUUACUUUGCUACAAAACUACUCAUAGCUUUAAAAACCUUUAGGGGAUAUAAUUUCCUUAAAACAGGAAGGGAAUUGAGACGUGUCUUUUCAUCACAGUCUCAAGCAUUUGAAGUUCAUGAAAACAAUAAGCUAGGAAUGUAGUUCCUCAGAAACGGUUGUGGUUGCAACAAAGUGGUUACUGAGCAACACACAAAUGUAAACAAAGGUGUAGGUUUGUAGAGUAACUUACAACGGCUUUGAACGUGGCUCAGCCAAUCAGAAUCAAGGACCGGAUUGAUCCGUUUCAUAAGGCCAUUUUUUAACAAUAGUCCCACUUUCUGAGAGAAUUCACAUUUUAAAGUCUCUUAUUUUGACUUUUGACUUUUUGACUUUUUUAUUUGAAGUCUCUUACUGUCCCAUUUUCAGCAUUCAUAAGUUUCCUCAACAAAAAGUGUUUUGAGGUUAAUCACCUUUCAGAGACACUGGUAAUGGAAAUGUGGUUGCUUUGUCAUAAUUCAUCGCGCUGACAAGGGGAAACUAUUGCGGGAAAUCAUUGGACUGCUGUGGCUUUUUUUGAGAGUUUCUGCUUGAUUAAACUGAAUCAGGCGAAAUGAGUGCAGAUGAGUGAGAGAUCUUCAACACCCUCUAUCAUGACGUGAGCAUUGUUUGUACAAAUAUGAAUACACACAAUAGGCCAAACACUGUUUUUUCACGCACCUGUCAAGUUUGAGAUUGUGGACUUCUUGGUUUUUCAUAAAGUGUUUUUUUCAGACUAGUGGAAAGAAAACACGCAAAAGACACUGUUAAGUGUUUCUUUUGUAGCACUUUAUCUAUUUGUCAAUGGAUUUUAAUUACAAUGCAUAUUUUUAAAGUCCCCCUGUAGUAAAAAAAUCAAGAUUUUUAUGUAGUUUAUUUGUCUGUGUGGUGUUUUUAAUAUGCUUUUAGACAAAACAUGUACCAGUCCAUUACUCAGCACCACUGCUGUGUAUUUUCUCCUUAAAACUGUAGUUUCCCAAAGGCACGUGGCACAACAUUGUCAAGUAAGUAACUUAAAAACAUUUAAAUAUGUCAUUUUGAUGAUCAAAGAUUAGUUUUAAGGGAUAAAAAUUUUGAGCCAUAGAUCUCCACUUGCUGAAAAAAAAAACCAGCAUAUGCUGGUAAGUAUGUUUUGAUGCUGGGUUUUAUGCUGGUAAUGUUGCUGGUCAAAGACCAACAUAAACCAGCAAAGGACCAGCGUAAAAAAAACAGCAUCAAAACAUAUCUACCAGCACAUACUGUUUUUUUUUCAGCAGGUAGCACUUGCACACGACAAACCUGUCUAUAUCCUUUUUACAUUUGUUCAUGUAUAAUUUGCUUGAUUAUAUACAACAUUUUAUUCCCCCUCAAAAAUUGUGAAAAUAUUUUUUUUUUCUGUCCUUUCGAAGUAUUUUCUGAAUUAUGGAGUGAAAACAUGAGAUACCCCAAAUUCCCUCUGUAAAAAUGUAAAAAAAAACUAAUAUGUCAUCAAAAUUAAACAAGAAAUUUGAAACUGA